UACACAUGUGCAUGUGACAAGUUUUACUUCUCUUUUAAUCAUCAUUUUCAGCUUUAAAAGUCAACAUAGUCCUUGAUUGUUUUAUUAAUGAUCAAUAUAUAACAAGUAUCUAUGGAAGUUGUGUUGGAGUAAAAUCCACAAUCUAGGUAUUUAAGAAGAUAACAACAUACAAACAAAUUCAAAACAAAAUUAGUGUGGAGUGGGAUCAGAAUACUUAGAAACUGCCUACUGUUGGCCUAGGACCCCUCAGACUUAACUGUAUAGGCUUGUGAGGCCUAGUUUAUGCCAGUGUAAGUAGUACCAGUGCAAACAUAUAGGAAUUUGGGUCAACCCCAAUUUUACGAAUACCCGCAAUUACAAAUGGCUCUGGGCCCGUGCCGUAUGUAAUUGAGGGGUUCUACUGUAUAGAGACUUUAGACUCUGCCAUGGUUUAGAGCACUGAGUUUCCAAAUGAAAAAGCACUUCAAUCCACAAACCUCGAUAAGACUUAGUUGUAGGAAAUCAAGGUGGGGGGUGGGGGAGGUAGUUUCUUUCAAGCUGGGGAUUAUCUCCCUUCCCUGCCCUGCUAGUGCUACUGUUAUAGAGUGAUCAUUCUUUCUCUGUAUUCUGAAGGUCAAAUCAGGCUAAUCUGCCAUGCAACUUUCUUGAGAAGCUUCUUGAGUGCAGGCUGAGUGAUUGUGAACGUUUACAUCCUGCUACUACUUUUUAAGUAGUGUCACUGGAAUUCUCAUUGUCGACCAUACUCAUGAAAGAAGCAGUCAAAGAGGCAAAGCUUGUCAAACUAAGCAACUUGUGCAUUCAGCUUUUUCUGUUGCCAAGAGACAUAAGAUGUCAAAUCUGUUCUGUAUUGUUGAGUGCAGUGAAAGUUGAUAAAAAUGCUAGAAAGGAUGAACUAGACGAGGUUACACAGAUAUGGGACUGUCAUCGAAUUCAGCAUCAUCAUAACAUGAUAGAACCGGCUGGAAAACCCAUCAUCAUGUACACAUCUCCGGAGUUGUACAAUACUGAGGACAAACUAGUUCCAGUAGAUACGCUCGAAGUUGAAGUUUGUAGCGAUAAUUGUGUUUUCAAAGAUCAGUCAUGCAGUGAUUCAACCGUCUUUGAGAUAUGCUGCCUCUUAAUGGAAGAAAAUGAUCUCCGUCUCCCAUCUACACCACAUGAAGCUAUGCGUUUAUACAGGACUUUGCACGAAUUAAUUUACAGAGAGUUGUAAAUAAUGAUUUUAAAAAAUUGUUCAAAAGUCAUAAUUUCUAAUUUCGAAUGCCUUUAUAUUUUAAAUAUCAUUAUCAUAUAAAAGUAAUUAAUUUCCUGCUAUGAAUUUUGAGUUAAAUUUUACAUACGGUACAAAAUUAAGAACACAGUUAAAAUUAUUGUACUAAAACUUAAACUCAAUUGAUGAGUCCUUUAUAGGAGGCGGCUACGAUUUGAUUUGGAGUUCCACCUCCUGUUUUGACUCGAACCUGAUGCCCUUCAUGUACCCAAUCAAUCUCAAUAGCUCGUUUUUC